AAUUCUGCUCUUUACAACGUCGAUGCAGGCCACAGAGCUGUCAUCUUUGACCGGUUCCGGGGGGUGCAGGACACAGUGGUAGGAGAAGGGACCCACUUCCUCAUCCCCUGGGUGCAGAAACCCAUCAUCUUCGACUGCCGCUCCCGCCCCCGGAACAUUCCUGUCAUCACUGGCAGCAAAGAUCUGCAGAACGUGAACAUCACAUUGAGGAUCCUGUUCAGACCAGUGACCGCCCAGUUACCGCGGAUUUUCACCAGUAUUGGAGAGGACUAUGAUGAGCGUGUCCUGCCCUCAAUCACAACUGAAAUCCUCAAGUCUGUUGUGGCUCGUUUUGAUGCUGGAGAACUGAUCACUCAGAGAGAGCUGGUCUCAAGGCAAGUUAGUGAAGAUCUCACAGAGAGAGCAGCAACGUUCGGGCUCAUUCUGGAUGACGUGUCCUUGACCCAUCUCACCUUUGGCAAGGAGUUCACAGAGGCAGUGGAAAUGAAGCAAGUGGCCCAGCAAGAAGCAGAGAGAGCCAGAUUCAUUGUGGAAAAGGCUGAGCAGCAGAAGAAAGCAGCUGUCAUUUCUGCUGAGGGAGACUCGAAAGCAGCUGAGCUGAUUGCCAACUCUCUGGCCACUGCAGGGGAUGGGUUGAUUGAGCUGCGGAAGCUGGAGGCAGCCGAGGACAUCGCCUACCAGCUCUCGCGGUCCCGCAACAUCACCUACCUGCCCUCGGGACAGUCCGUGCUGCUCCAGCUGCCCCAGUGAGCCCGGCCCUGCAGCCGUAGCUAGCUAGCCUGACCACCUCUACCCACCAGAUCAGCCCUUUUCCAAAAGAAUCUUUGUGAUUUCCUGAUUGAUAAAAGCAGGGAAGAUUUCAAAAUCCACC